GAGGAGUGGGCCAGUGGUGCAUCGCAGCCGUGUGACAGCUGAGAGCCCGGAGGGACCACAGUUUGGAGAGAACAUGGUUUCCUUGAUGACUGGUCUGUGGCAACUAAUUAUUCCCAUGAUUGUCCUAUCACACUUCUCAGCAUCUCUUCCAUCCUGGGAGAGGACUGAGAGACAUGCUGAUGGGCUCUUCCACAGCGAGCUCAGCAAGAUGAAUGGCAAUGCCUACGUGCAGCAGCUAGUCAAACACCUGGUGGGCCUCAAGGAGAGGUCCCAGAGGCACUCAGACGGACUGUUUACCAGUGAAUACAGCAAGAUGAGAGGAAAUGCUCAGGUUCAGAAAUUCAUUCAAAAUCUCAUGGGCCACAAGCGCAGCUCUCCAGGCCCAGUCAACACAGAUUUGCAGGGGAGAGAGGAAGAAAACAGCCAUGAAGAACUUUGCUUUAUGUGGUUGUACCAGAGCUUUCUAAACACCAGCCACUCGGACAGUGAUGCCAGGGAAGCUGCUGCAAUUACCAGCCAGUAUGUUUGCCCCAUCUCUAAGCAGCUGGUUGCAGAUAUGAAAGAAGAUACAGACAGUUUCAACUAA